CCAAAACUUCAACCCCAUAUUCCCUUAUUUCUCUCCUUCUUCUUCUUCUUCUUGAGCUGUUCUGCAUGAAUUCUAGCAGUUUUAGACUCCAAAAUGCCCAAGACAAAGGCAGUCACACAUGCAGAUCUUUCACCGAGCCGCCCACGCUCCGCUUUAAGCAGCAAAACAGGCCUUUUUCUCAUGGUCUUGACCAUUCUUUGUGGCCUUCUUUGCUUCAUCCUAUGCUUAAUUGCUGAAGCUACUCGCUCUCGGGUUACAUGGCUGAGCAGCGGUACUAAUGAAGAUGGGAAGGAAGGAAAAUACGAGUGCAUCUAUAGUGGUAGUGGGAAAACACCUUUGUUAAGUGCAGCCAGUGCAUUUUUGGGGUUGGCAAUUAUCAUGGUGGUGGAGCAUGGAUACAUGUUGUAUGCAAUUACCAACUCCCCACCUUCAGUCUUGCUUACAUGGGAGCCUCAUGAUUCAGCUUCUGCCAAGUCUUUGAAAUGGCACGCUGCCAUUUUCUUCGUCGCAACUUGGAUCUGUUUUGCUGUUGGGGAGAUUUUGCUAUUGAUUGGCCUAAGUGUGGAGUCAGGCCAUUUGAAAAACUGGGCUAGGCCAAAACCCAAUUGCCUUGUGAUCAGAGAAGGUGUGUUCUCUGCAGCAGGAGUGUUUGCCUUGACUACUGUUUUUCUGGCCGCCGGAUUAUACUUGACGGCGUUGCGUGCACAGAGAAUUUCCCAAGACCAAGAAAAUGUAAGGCGAGAGGUGAUCGAGGCCGCUGUACUUUAUGCAUCUCCACCAAUUUCACCUCAUCUAACAACCAUUCCAAGGGAGAACCCCAUUUUCAGAGAAAACCAGAAUGAGCAGCCAUCAGUACUUGUGCUCCAAGCAGCUUUAAGCAAACACUAA